UAACACCAUCAACUUCAAGUGUCUACUGCUCUGCUCUUUACAGAUAGAGGUGUCGUCCAUCCUCAAAAAAGAGCAGGAAAUACUCAUGGCAUUGAACAUAGAGAGUGUGGAAGAUGGGGUCCCAACAACGGACGGCCAUAACAAUCUUCCAACCGAAACCCAUAAACGCACUACCAACUGGUGGCUCGUUAUGAUGAACUGUGCUUUGACGGCGGUGGGGACCAUAGGCGGUCCACUCCUCCUAAGGCUCUACUAUCUUCAUGGAGGGAGUAGGAAAUGGAUCACCAGCUGGUUGCAGACCGCCGGUUUUCCGAUCCUUAUCAUCCCUCUCUCAGUCCUCUAUAAACGCAGCCAAGCCCGUGGGAUGUCGUUCAUCGCAGAGCCCAAGCUCCUGGCGUCGAGUGCGGUUCUGGGCCUCCUCAUCGGUGUCGGUAACUUCAUGUACUCACACGGUCUAUCCGUCCUUCCCGUCUCCACCUCAUCCCUACUCUUCGCUACUCAGCUCGUUUUCACUGCGUUCUUCGCGUUCAUCAUCGUGCGGCAGAGAUUUACCCCUUAUUCCAUCAACGCUGUGGUGUUGAUGACGCUGGGAUCUGUCCUUCUUGGUAUUCGCAAGAGCGGUGAUCGGCCGCCUGGUGUUUCGAAUGCUGAGUACAUGGUGGGGUUUGUCGUCACCCUUGGGGCUGCAGGGUUGCUUGGGUUCGUGCUUCCUUGCAUCGAGCUUACUUAUGCUAAGGCCAGCAAAGCCAUUAACUAUGCGGUGGUGAUGCAGUUUCAGUUGGGAGUGAUGGUUUUCGCCACCCUCUUCUGCACCAUUGGGAUGGUGGUAAACAAGGAUUUCCCGGCUAUUCCAAGAGAGGCGAACCAGUAUGAGCUUGGGCAGGCCAAGUACUACGUAGUGCUUGUUUCGGGUGCGAUAGUUUUCCAGAUGGUGUUCUUAGGAUCGAUGGGCCUCAUCUUCUGCACCUCAUCUCUCUUUGCUGGUGUUGUUACUGCUACAUUGCUUCCUGUAACGGAGAUCGCUGCAGUCAUCGUCUUCAGUGAGAAGUUCACAGGAGAGAAAGGCAUGGCCUUGGCUCUUUGCCUAUGGGGCUUCACCUCUUACUUCUAUGGAGACUACAGGAUGAACAAGAAGCAGAAGGAAGCUGAAGCUGAAUCGAAGUAACCGAUUUCAAUGUGAAACGAAAGCUUGAUGAGAAUUCCUUAGGUUAAGAUUUACGUAUCCCCUGGUCUACACAUCUUUGCCGAUAUGUAUUUCGGCCUGAACUCUAUAGCAUAGGGUCUGAUUGUGCGAUAUGUGUAUUUUCAAGAGAGUAGAAUCGUAUUAACGAGGAAUUAAUUACAUGUGUUUUUAUACUA